GGACGGACAGCCGUGCGCUGAGCGAGCAAGGGGAGAGUAAGAGAAAAGGCGAGCCGAGCAGUGAGCAGGGCAAGCGGACUGGUGACGAGAUGGCCGACGCGGAUUUGGAUUUCCAGACGGGGGAUGCUGGGGCCUCCGCCACCUUCCCCAUGCAGUGCUCUGCCCUGCGCAAGAACGGCUUCGUCGUGCUGAAGGGCCGGCCCUGCAAGAUCGUCGAGAUGUCCACCUCGAAGACGGGCAAGCACGGUCAUGCUAAGCUGACCAGGAGAAGAGUGGGGUAUAUUUCAGGUGCAAUUCAAAGACGUCUCUCCUCUGCUCACUUCCGUUACUCACAGCUGAUUGGGAUCCAGGACGGGUACCUGUCUCUGCUCCAGGACAGCGGGGAGGUGCGCGAGGACCUGCGGCUGCCUGAGGGAGACCUGGGCAAGGAGAUCGAGAGCAAGUUCGAGGCGGGAGAGGAGAUCCUGAUCACUGUUCUGUCUGCAAUGAAUGAGGAGUCUGCAGUUGCCAUUAAGGCCAUGGCAAAAUAGGCACUACAGGGGCUUGCAAGCUGCACUGGACCCGAACGAGAGAGAAAGACUUCAGUAUUGCCAUUCUCUCUUUCUCUCUCUCUCACUCUCUCUUUCUCUCAAAAACCUCCUUUACUCUUAAAAUGCCCGUCUGGGUGAAGUUAGAAAACAAACAAAAAAAAUCUAUAAUAUAUAUAUAUAAGACUGAAAUAAGAAAACCACCAAACGGGGGUGGGAGGGGGUGGAAGGGAUGGAUGGCUGUUACCCUCAACCCCUCACCAGUCCCCACACUGCCCGCGGGUGUAGAUAUGGGAAAAAUGGCUUGGCGGCUGUGUGCCCUCACUACAGCCCAGCUGGCAAAACACUGCUCAGUACUUCACAUUUCAAGGGCUUGUGUGUACCUGUGUUCAUCCAAGCUUCCCCACCUCCCUGCUAGAUCUGAGGCUGUCAGUCCAAAUUCCGAUCACAGGGUGUCUUCAGAUCUGGUCUGACUCCCAACGCUGCCCCGCCCCUCCCUCAUGUCCUCCCUUACUUCUCCCCCUCUGUCCCGGUCCUGGAGCGCCACAAGACACUGCUCAGCAGCUAAAGACAUGGCCGCACCGCGUCGGUGAUUCUGCUCGGCCACUAGAUUCCACCCAGGUGUCGUUUGAGCCAGCCUGCGCCGAACCUGCACUGAAGCCCGCCCAGUGCUGUCAACGAGAUUCUCGUUAAGAACCUCACAAUGUAGCCUUUCAAUCUGUGGCGCGGGGCUCUAGUCCUGUAAAGUGAAUUGCGGAUCAGUGUGGUCUUGCCUGUCCAGUGUCCUGUCUCCUGCCCCUGAUCUGCCGUGUUUCUGAGCCGCUGGUCUGCCACGCCCCUCCCCCCUCCUUUAGUAAGAUUAUUAAUGACUGAAUCGGUUAAGUAUUGAAGCGCAUGGCAGACUUACAAUUUGAAGACACCCCACCCCCUUCUUCCCGGGAAACUAGGAAUAGGAUAGCUGUCUCACCAACCCCUACCACCCCUCGAAAACUAAGGAGGCGCACCGGGAAUCAUCGACUGCUCCAGGCUUUUGAGAAUAUGGACUAAAUUGAGCUUUGAAGUUGGAAUGAUGCAUUAUGGAUGUUGACGUGGGGAUUCCGGAGUCUGUGGCCCCGUGUCCUGGGUGACAUCACCUGCUGCUGUGGCUGAUCAGACAGAGGCACGUCUGGGAUUUUGCUCCUGGAAGCCACAGCAUGUUUUGCGUGUUGGCGAUGCUUCUAAAAUGCUCUAUAAUGCAGAAAUAAAGCGCACUUUAAAACCUGCAAUUACCCCAACCUUGUAGAGUCAACCGAGGGUCCGCAAGUGGUUUUGGGACCGCCGUCGGACUCGUGAUUACAACUGUGCUGUUACCACACCAGAAACGGAAACUGGUCUUAACUCCUUCAUUGUUACAUUAGUCCUGCUACAAUAUCACUGGAGUAAUUAAGGGACUAGGUGCAGCAAAGGAGGGAUUUGGUUGAGCUGUUUUUUUCAGUAGCCCUGGUUAUCUUAAAAGGUCUUUUCACAGAGGGUCAAGCUGCGGUGCUAUUUUAGGGGAGCGUCAGUUAGGGAGGUACACUGUUUUUUGAUUCGCUGUUAAAUCAGAUUUGACUCACAAGCAAGUAGCUGACAGUAAUAUAGCACGCACUUGCUCCCUGAACCAAUGGGGUCUUGAUUUGCCUUCUAGGACUGUGCCUUAGAGUUUUAUUUAUUGCAACUAGGAAAUACAGUACAGUUCAGGUGGUGGGUGAAGUGCUUCCUGUCAGGAGUGUCAACCCUGUGUAACGUUAAAACGUUACCCCCUACCCACCAGCCUAUUCUCGUGCCUCCCUGGGCUGUAGACAUGUUUGGCAAGGGCAAUGGAUUGGAGACGACGGUAGGGUAGAGAAAUGACGGGGACACAAACUCUCACACAGGUAGAGCUAGGGAUACAGACCUGAAAAACCUUUUCUUUAAACCCCCAAUAAUGUUAGGAAUCCUGAAUUAUCUGGCCUGUAUCCUCCUCCACACCAUUCCUAAUUUGUAUAUACAGUAUAUAUAUUUUUGGGGUGUAUGUUUGUAAGAAUCUUUGCUCCCAACCCCCACAGAGACUUGAAGGGCUUUCCUUUCUGGGAAAUCACAUGAAUUGGAUACUUCUCGUUUAUGGAAUGUGCUGUGGCCGUGUCUCCUAUGGCCCGUUAGACUGCUCCAGAAGUGCCCUUUGUCUCCUCCUUCCCUACAGCCCAGUCCCUAGCGAGUGACACCAGUGGACACCUCCAGUACACUUAAAGGCGAUGACCCCCCAGGGCACUUCAGGCUGCAUCCUUGAUCACGAAAUGCUGCAGCACAAAGGAAGUGGCGUGCAACUGUAGCUAGCCAUUACUUCUUGGGGGAGGGAAUGGUGGGAUACAAGAGAAGGCAUCUUCCAGCCUCACUGUAGAGAGCCACAAUGUUAGUUUUAUCAGGCCACCUGGAGCCAAGACAGUUCCCAACAAGAUAAAAGACAUGGACAGAUAACCUCUGAUCUACGGGCUGCUGAGCAACCAGAAGCAAGCAUGACAGACCAAGCAGCUGCCUCUCUCGUUUGCAAGGCUUUUUAACAGAAUGGAAUACUUUUGCUCCCUUUCGUCAAACCCAAAACAAUUUAUUUGAAAAAAAUCACUUCUGACCUGCACUACCCGCAGGACUGUGGCUCUCCGGGACCAGGGCUGGCUGAGCACACCGAACAGGAAAAGGGGGUUGGGGUUUUAUUGGAGGAGAUGGCCUCCAUGUGGUGGGUGAGGGGGAGCAGUGUGCAUUUCCUACAUGUUGUGCAUCAUGAACACAAGAAAAAAAAAAAGGCUGAACAGAAAAAAAAUUUCAAUGCCGAUUAAAGAGGCAGGGAAAUUUGCUUAACCUCCUUCGUGCAUCCCCAUUUUUUGUACAGUUUUUUUUUUUUGAUGCCUCUGCAAAUGCCAACCUCAUCAGAAGUUGCACUAUAUGCGUGAGCGAGCGUUACGAAAUCAACCGUAUGUCCUAACUUAACAACCCUGCGUUAAAACUUUAAAAAGAGUCUGGACUUCAUGGGAAGAUGGAUUUGGAAAAUGAGGGGGGGGAAAAGAAAUACAGGUAGCUCUCCAGUCAAAUGGCAGAUGCAUUUCUGAAGCUUUAAUCGAAAUUCUAAAUUAAAAAAAAAAGUUUCCCCAUAAGAAAGUGUUGAUGGAGAGGGAGACUUCUCUCAAAUAGAGGAUUUCACUACCACAUUAAAACAAUUAAAACAUGACAUAUUUAUUCAUAUGUUUAUACAGUAGUAAUAAGUCAUUUUCUAACCAAGCAUUAAUGAUCAAUUUCAGUACAAUGUUAAGGGAAUAGAUGCACAGAUGAAUUGGCUAUAUACGCAUCUGAAAUGCUCAGCUCUCUUCAGUUCUUUCACUCCUUGAGCCUUUUAUUUUAAUUACAUACUUUUUCCUCAUUUUUCUUCAUUUAGGUUUUUGGCCAAUUACUCAUAGACUGUUUCAAUUGUUUUAUUUAUUGAAUGUUAAAGUGGGUGAUUUUUUUAAAAUGACUUCAACAACGGAAAGUUUUUCAUCACCGAUCAGGGAAAAGCAGCUGCUGAUUUAAGAGGUUCAAGCGAGGAGCUGGGUCAAGGUUAAUUCCUGGUGAAGAGUCGGAAAAUAAUUCUUCUUCAGAUGUUACUUUGCAAGCAACACAAGGGUAACAACUCCUCGCUCAAACGUCUUAAUGUUUUAUAAACUCUUUCCUCUGAAUUUCUAUUUUAAGACUUUUUCCACACAGUAGCUUCUUUUGUUUCAUAGUUUUAUUGACCUUGUUUUAGAUUUAAUUCAAUGUAAGCAGAAGGUACAGGCUAAGACAUUGGAUCGAUUUCUUUAGUGUGGGACGAUGGGAGAUGAAUGGAGACUUUGAGAUCACGGAGAUGAAGACUGUGCAUCUCCCAAGUGACUCUGUUCCUCCCAGAGCACAACUGGGUACUUGUGACGCUUUGUGUCUCACUCUGUCACGCUGCCAGACUCUGGCCGCACAGAAGCGUGUUAAAGUGAAAACGAAUUCAUCCUGAAUUGAGAAGUAGUAUAUAUUCUCGAGGAGCUUUGAACCACAACCAUGUAAACCGAGAACUACCUGUACGAAUCUUGUACAGGUAUGUUUCACUUACAUCCUCUGAUUCCUUUGUGUGAAGUAGGUUACACCUCUGCUUGUGGGUUGAACUGUGAGCAGCACGUACAGUAAUUGUAACCCCCUGUUUGGUCUCCAAAGUCACCGUUCUAAGGAGCGUUUAUUCAACUGGAACAUCUCGCUCAUGUGCAGGAUGAGAUUUUCACCCCAAAGCAAAGACUCCAUUGGUGAAUUUUCACCCCCCAACCCCCCAUCACUGUAGUUUUACAUAAGGUCGCUUGUUUCUAUUUUGCAAACGAAGUAUUGACACCUUUCAGAUUAUCAACUGUGCAUUUGAUUAUCUUGUAGUUCACUAAAUCAGUGAGCUUGUCUUUUGUAGUAGGGGGUGAAAAUUUGCUAAAGAGAGUGUAUGUGUACAGUAUGUAUGGGGGGAAGGGGUUGGUAGAGACCAUUAGAUUGUAGAUUUCUCUGAAGGGGCAGAGGUUGGGUUCUCUUUCGAAUCUAACUGGUGUUGCAUGUACAAGCCCAAAAACACACAGCAGGAAUCGCUUGGGACGUAUUUUAACAGGGAUGCUCAGUGAACGAGAGAAGAAAUCAAGUUGGGCAGAUGGGGGGGGGACCACUGCCUAUACCCUCAGUGGAUGAGUUUUGACCCAGACAGGACGGCAUCUGCUAUCGAGGAUGAAAAGCCUUCUGACAUCUCGGGCCUAAACCUACCCUGGACUGGGAUCGGAUGGACAAAGCUGACCCGCUUAAAAUUCACGGACUGUGCGCUUCUGCCCAAAUGCAUCCUGUGUUGUACAGAUUACAACUUUUUCCCAUUAAAAAUUGAACUUUUAUUCCCUGAGAAAUGGAAAAAA